AUGGCGGCGCGGCCGGGGUCGCUUCGGGGCAGCGCGCCACCCAGGCGGCCCUCGGCCACCGGGCGGAGACGCCGCGCCCAGACCCAGCGCGGGAGGCGCCGCGCCCGCCGGGAGGACCGCACCGGCCCGGGAGCCCCGACGGAGGGACGAGCGGCGCGGGGAGCGAGCGGGGACGGGCCGGGAAAGAUGGCGAGAGCGCGAGCGCAAGCUGCGCCUGCGCCGCUCGCGCCUGCCUGCCUGGCUGCCCAGGGUGGCUUCCGGUCUGGCUUUGCUUUUGCUUUUGGACGGAAGCCCAGCCACAGACAUGGUUAUCGUCACGGUGCUUACGCAGACACUAACCGGACCCGGAAGCGCCACUUCGCCGUCCGCGUGGCCCGGACCGGCGGUUCCGGGGGUCCCGGCCGUCAUAGGGGGCCCCAGAGGGACGGCUUUCUCCCCGCCGUGUGUGCGUCCGUCCGUCCGUCCGUCCGUCGAGGGGCCCCGGAGCGCGCGCGGCGUCCCGGCCAGGUGGGCGAGCGGCGGGGCGCCCCGGGAUGGAGGCUGCAGGCGGAGCUCGGACCCGGGCCCGGGAACCUGGGGCUUCUCCGUAGUCGUCUCCGGGGGCCGCCCGGGCGGGCUCAGGGUCUUGGCCGGGCUCUGCGCUCAGUGCUCACUCCCGCGGGCCGGGGAAACCCGCGCCAGGCGAGCGCCCCACGUUGUUGCGCCCCGGCUUGGCGAUUAGCACCUCCGGCUCGCUCUCGCAUCCAGUGCGUGAUCGAAGGCUUUUGGUACAUUGGGAAAGAGGGCUUGGUGACCUUCCCUGAUGUGGCUGUGAGCUUCUCCCCGGAGGAAUGGCGGUGCCUAGACGUCUCUCAGAGGAGGCUCUACAGGGAUGUGAUGCUGGAGACCUAUGAGCACCUGCAGGCAGUAGCAGGGCAUUUUGGGGUAAAGCCUGCGCUAAUCUCCUGGUUGGAAGGAGGAGCCCUGGGGAGGCUGCCACGAAGCUUGUUUGCUGCAGAACUCAAGAAGCCAGAAAUCUAUCCUUGUCCCUUCUGCUCUCUCACCUUCUCCAGUCAGAACUUCUUCAUUCGUCACAUGAAACGAAGUCAUCCCUCUUGGAUCCUCUUGGAAACAUCUGCAAGAAAGCACCCUCAAUCAGAGACUUCCUGUCCACAUGAUCAGAAUCAAUGGGUACAACAUUCUGAUCCAUAUCAUGACAAACCAAAGAAUGACAUACUUGAAAGUCAAAAGCACCAAGAAAGCUCCAUACUUUUGGCUAAUAGGAGGCAUGAAAGAAUUUCAACAACCUCUUCUAAACUCUGUAGUGGUCAAAUAGAUAGGUCUAGUAAACAGAUGACAAUGGAGGAAGACAUUAACACAGGCCCGAAAGAGAAUCCAAAGGACACAGGUGGAGUAGUUCCAAGGAUAGACUUGCCAAUAAUUUUAAGAGACAAGUAUAGAAGGCCUGGGCAAGGGUUCAUCGAUGGAUUAAUUCUCAUCACACAUCAAAUGACUCACACAGGGGAGAAAUCCCAUGUUUGCAGGGAGUGUGGACUUGGCUUCUGUGUGAGGUCAAGUCUCAUCAAACAUCAGAGGACACACACAGGGGAGAAGCCGUAUGUGUGCAGGGAGUGUGGACAAGGCUUUGGUUUGAGGUCAAAUCUCAUUAGACACCAGAGGACACACACAGGGGAGAAGCCCCAUGUUUGCAGAGAGUGUGGGCGGGGCUUCAGUGAGAGUUCAAGUCUCAUCAUACAUAAGAGGAUACACACAGGGGAGAAACCCUAUGUUUGCAGGGAGUGUGGACGAGGGUUUGGUCGAAGGUCACAUCUCAUCAAACACCAGAGGACACACACAGGAGAGAAGCCCCAUGCUUGCAGGGAUUGUGGGCGUGGAUUCAGUGAGAGGUCAAGUCUUAUCAGACACCAGAGGACACACACAAGGGAGAAGCCCCAUGUUUGCAGAGAGUGUGGACGAGGCUUUGGUCGAAGGUCACAUCUCAUCACACACCAGAGGACACACACAGGGGAGAAGCCCUAUGUUUGCAGAGAAUGUGGGCAAGGUUUCAUUCAGAGGUCUAGUCUUAUCAUACACCAGAGGACACACACAGGGGAGAAACCCUAUAUUUGCAGGUUCUGUAGUCGAGCCUUCAGUGUUCGGUCACGUUUCAUAGCACACCAGACGAUACACACAGGCAAGAAGCCACAUGUUUGCAGGGAGUGUGGGCAAGGCUAUACAAUGAGAUCAAGUCUCAUCUCACACCAGACGGUACACACAGGGGAGAAGCCGUAUGUUUGCAGAGAGUGUGGACGAGGCUUUGGUCGGAAGUCAAGUCUCAUCUCACACCAGAGGACACACACAGGGGAGAAGCCCUAUGUUUGCAGAGAUUGUGGUCGAGGCUUCAGUCUGAGGUCAAGUCUUUACAAACACCAGAGGAUACACACAGGGGAGAAACCCCAUGUUUGCAAAGAGUGUGGUCGAGGCUUCAGUGUGAGGUCAAGUCUCAUCACACACCAGAGGACACACACAGGGGAGAAACCCUAUGUUUGCAGAGAGUGUGGACGUGGCUUUGCUCGGAAUUCACAUCUUAUCACACACCAGAGGACACACAAAGGGGAGAAGCCCUAUGUUUGCAGAGAAUGUGGUCGAGCCUUUCGUCUGAGGGAAGGUUUCAUCAAACACCAGAGGACACACACAGGAGAGAAGCCCUAUGUUUGCAGAGAGUGUGGGCAAGGAUUCUGCCAGGUUUCGAAUCUCGUGACACAUCAGAGGACACACACAGGGGAGAAGCCCUAUGUUUGCAGAGAGUGUGGGCAAAGCUUUAGUCAGAGGUCAACUCUCAUCACACACCAGAAGACACACACAGGGGGGAAGCCCUAUGCAGAGAGUGUGGGCGAGGCUUCUGCCAGAUUUUGAAUUGUGUCACAAACCAAAGGACACACACGGGAGAAGCCCUAU